GAUUUUUCAUUUUAGGAAUAAAAUUGUUUUAUUGAGAAAAAUGGCAUCUCAUUUCAUUUGAGUUUAAUUAUGCUUGGCUUGGCGCCUCACUUCAAUGGCAGCCCUUAUCCACCACCACCACUGCCAUCAUCCUGCCACCGCCUCCGCCGCCAUCUCUUCUCCGUCUCACCGCCGUCUGAAACCCUUUACGCCUUCACAGGUCACUUCUUAUCUUUCUCCCUCUAAAACCCCUCUUUCUCUCUCCUCCUCCAAUCCCCAUUUCUUCCCAUACCCAUCAUUUUCUCUCUCCAAAUUUUCUUCUACCCCAAAGAAGCUUGAUAACUCUCAACCGUUAUCGAACCAUGAGCUCUCUCGUCUUCUUAAAUUGUCCAUCGAAUACGCCGAUAUUCAGCUCGGUAAAGCAGUCCAUGCUUCGGUUCUCAAAUUCGAACAAGACGUUCGCUUAUUUAAUUCUCUCAUUACUUCUUAUUUCGAAUUGGGUAAGUUGAAUUAUGCUGAGAGAGUUUUCGAUUCGAUUUUAGCCCCAGAUGUUGUUUCCUACACUGCUAUGAUUUCGGGUUUGGCGAAAUCGAAUUGCGAGAACGAAGCCCUAGGGUUCUUCUUUGAGAUGAGAGAUUCCGGCAUUGAACCCAAUGCCUACUCUUUCGUUGCCCUGUUGACUGUUUGUAUGCGAUUGAUAGAUUUACGAUUGGGUUUCCAAGUUCACGCCUUGUCGAUUAAAACGGGCCAUAUCAAUUCUACUUAUGUGGCCAAUGCAGUUAUGGGAUUGUAUACUAAGUGCAGUUGUUUGGAUUAUGUCGUCAAACUGUUCGAUGAAAUGUCCGAAAGGGACGUUGCUUCUUGGAAUACUGUAAUUUCGUGUGUGGUAAAGGAUGGUAUGCAUGAAAGAGCAUUUGAAUUGUUUCAUCGUAUGCUGGCUGUGGAGAGUUUUAGAGUUGAUUACUUUACACUUUCAAGUCUCGUGAUUUCAUGUGCAAGAUGUUUUGCAAAAAAGGAAGGCGCUGCAAUCCAUGCAUAUGCGCUCAAAAUAGGGUACGGAACAAAUUUGAGUGUGAAGAAUGCCCUGAUCGAGUUCUACGCAAAGUGUGGAUGUGUGGAAGAUGUUGAAACUUUGUUCAACAGGAUGCAUGUACGCGAUGUUUACACAUGGACUGAAAUGAUCGAUGCUUAUAUGGGAUUUGGGAAUGUCGAUUCGGCUCUGGAGAUUUUUAGUAAGAUGCCCGAUAGAAAUUGCGUCACGUACAAUGCUCUAUUAGCUGGAUUUUGCCAAAACGGAGAAGGAUUUAGGGCGUUGCGGUGGUUCUGCAGAAUGGUGGAGGAGGGCAUGGAGAUAAGUGACUUCACUUUGACUAGCGUUCUACAUGCUUGUGGAUUGGUCAAAGAUUCGAGAUCCAGCGAACAAAUUCAUGCCUUUGUUCUCAAGAUAAAAUCCAGCACCAACAAUCACAUCAAGGCAGCGUUGCUCGACAUGUGUACAAGGUGUGGCAGAAUGGAGGAUGCCGAGAGAAUAUUCCAUCAUUCGACGCUCGAACGGAGCAGUUCGAUUAUGCUGACGGCAAUGAUUUGUGGGUACGCCCGAAACUCCGAGCCGGAAAAAGCAAUCUCCUUAAUCUGCCAAUGGCUACACCAAGUACACGAUGAUGUCGUGGAUGAAGUGGCAAUAGCUUCGAUUCUUGGAGUGUGUGCAGAUUUAGGGUUCCGGAAACUAGGGGAGCAAUUUUAUUGCCGUGCGUUGAAAUGUAGUUUGUUGCAUGAUAUUGGAGUUGGUAAUGCUGUAAUUAGCAUGUAUUCGAAAUGUGGCGACAUGGAGGAAGCAAAUAAGGUGUUCGAUAAAAUGCCUGCGCACGAUAUAGUUUCUUGGAACAGUCUUUUGGCUGGAUAUAACGUUAAUCGGCAGGGUGGAAAAGCCUUGGAAGUGUGGAAGAAGAUGCAAAGAGGGAAAAUUCAACCAGACACAGUUACAUGUGUGUUAAUUAUUUCAGCUUAUCGCCACACUAACUCUAAUUUAAUCGAACACUGCAAAGACUUCUUUCGGUCGAUGAAGCCCGUUUACAACAUCGAACCCAAUUCAGACCACUACGCAUGUUUGGUUGGUGUUUUGGGCAACUGGGGUCUUCUAGAAGAAGCAGAGGAAUUAAUCGAGAAUAUUCCGUUCGAGGAGACUGCCUCCGUUUGGCGGGCCCUGCUUGAUAGUUGCGGAAUUCACAAAAACGCCAUUAUCGGAACAAGGGCUGCCAAGAAGAUACUGAGCAUGGAGCCGCAAGAUCCGUCGACGUACAUAUUAAAAUCGAAUCUUUACUCUGCUUCCGGAAGGUGGAACUGCUCGGAAUUUGUUAGGGAAGAGAUGAAAGAAAGAAGGUUCCGGAAGUUCCCGGGUAGGAGUUGGGUUAUCGAUCAAGAAGAGGUACAUUCGUUUUUUGCUAGGGAUAAGUCGCAUCCAGAAUCGAAGGACAUUUACAGUGUGCUUGAUAUAUUGUUUAUGGAGUGCUUGAGAGCGGGGUAUAAACCCGAUACGAGCUUUGUGCUGCACGAUGUGGAGGAGCAUCAGAAGGUGAAUUUCCUCUUGUGCCAUAGUGCGAAAUUAGCCGUUUCGUUCGGUCUAAUCACGACUAGGGUUGGAAAACCGGUUAGGGUGGUUAAGAAUAUACAUAUGUGUGGGGAUUGCCAUACUUUCUUGAAGUAUGUUACGGUUGUUACGAAGAGGGAGAUACACGUGAGAGAUGCUUCUGGUUUUCACUGCUUUGCUGAUGGUGAAUGCUCUUGCAGAGAUAACUGGUGAUGCAAUUCUUUAUUUAUUUAUUUAUUAGUUUUAUUAGUGUGUUACUGUUUUUAUUUUGUCCUAGAAGCUUCGGAUUAAGUAAUUUGUCUGAAGCUAAUGUUAACAUAUAUGUAAGUAUAAUAUAAUAUGCAGAGUUGUAAAGCAAACUUCUUUACAUUUUUGUGGUGAGCUCAGAUUUAGUUUUCUUUUGUUCCAUCUCCAUGGAGAGGGUCUUUUUGUCAUAUAUUGGAAUACUUUAUUGCUAUUAGUAUUUUUUUUGUUA